AGCUGAGGAUCCAACAUGUCGGUCGGUUCUGGAAGUUUCUCCCGGUGCUUCUCCUCCGUGCCUUCCCGUCAGAGGGACCCGGUCCAGCUGCUCCUGUGACCGGCCCCGGAGGACUCGGUUCCCGGUGCUUCUCCUCCGGUUCCCGGUGCUUCUCCCCGGCAGAGGGACCCGGUCCAGCUGCUCCUCUGACCGGCUCCGGUGGGCUCGGUUCCCGGUGCUUCUCCCCGGCAGAGGGACCCGCUCCAGCUGCCUCUCUGACCGGCCCCGGUGGGCUCGGUUCCCGGUUCCGGUCUCCGGGAUGUUCGGGUGUCUGGUGGCCGGCCGCCUGGUGCAGACCGACCCGCUGCAGGUCGCUCCGGACAAGUUCCUGUUCCAGCUGCCGGACUUCCACAACGUGAACCACGUGGUGGUCUUCAUGCUGGGCACCGUCCCGUUCCCGCCCGGGACCGGGGGCUCGGUGUACCUGUCGGUCCCGGACCCGGGGGGGGGCGGACCCGCGUGGCAGCUGCUCGGCUUCAUCUCCAACGACAAACCCAGCGCCAUCUUCCGGAUCUCCGGCCUGAAGCCCGGACCCGGAGCCGGGCCGCAGCCCUUCGGCCCCGGGGGGUCCUGCGGGUCCGGGUCCGGGGCCCAGCUCGGGGUGUCGGUGGAGCCGCUGCAGCAGCUGGUCCAGGAGGUCCCGGUGUCCAGCGCCGCCGUGUCCUCCGUGGACUCCUUCCUCCAGUUCACCCAGAAGAUGCUGGACAGCCUCUUCAACUUCUGCUCCUCCUUCGCGGUGUCGCAGGAGCAGAUGAUCCCGAACCGGACCGAGACCUUCAUCCCGUCCAGCUGCGUCCUCCGCUGGUACGAGAACUACCAGAGAAGGAUGGCGCAGAACCCCAACUUCUGGAAGACCUGAGGCCUGGACCCCAUCUUCUGGAAGUCCUGAUCUCAGAACCUCUGGAUCUCCUGGUGUCAGAACCUCUGGAUCUCCUGGUGUCUGGACCCAGAACCUGAACCCCUGGACAGGAUCCUGAGACUCAGACCACAGACUGAUCUUGUGUCCACUGAGCCUCGAACCAUCAGAUCUAUAAACUGUGAUCACACGUUAUAAUCUCCCACUUACUCUUUAUAUUAUAUCAGAUUAUGAUAAUAAUCAAUAAGAGAUUAUGGACAGACUCAUUAUUGUGGAACCCUUUGAUCCUUUGAUCCGAGCAGGAGGAUCUCACACGACCUGACAACCGGACACUGUUAAUGCUCCGGGAUAAUAAAUCAAAGAGUUAUUGACACACAAAAUGUUUAUAAUGUGUGUGUGUGUGUG